UUGGGCUGUGGGAAACUGAGAUGAGCAUUUUUUUUGUCUGCAGAUGUGUCUUAUUGAAUACGGGUUUGAAAUAAAGAUGUCAUAAAACUCUUGCAUUUGUUCAAACACAAAGCCUCUGGUAUAUUUAUGGAGAUAUUUAUGUUAUGGGAAUAUUCAGUUCACACCAAUACAGCAGUAAAUUAUACCAGUGGAUCUGCUUCAAUGACUUCACUUGAGUAAAUGUGUGUUUUAAGACUUCUGGUACUCUCCUCUUACCCUUCACACCUCUAGAUGAUCAAUGAUUUCUCUAGUGGAUUACUGUGGACCUGCAGUAUAUUUUUCAGUCAUUGUUUAGGGUUUAUCAGAUGGAUUGGAUUUACAUGGAAAGAAGGACAGGAGGCCGAAAUGCACAACAUAUCCACGUGAAGUCAUAAGCCGCCCGUUUGCAAGAAAGCGGUCUGUAGAGUUUCUAGUAAACUAACAAUCAGAACUAAUGAAUGGAGACAGCUGAUAGGCUAUUUGCCAAGUGAUGAGAGAUGCAGAAAAUUAGGUUGCAUGCCCUGCUCGGGUUGGGAGGGGGAUUGCUCUCUGAUGACCCCGCUGACGAAACUAGAUAUUUUGACGUAGGCGGCAACUUGACGAAUCGGGAACGGAUGCACACGCGGCACCGGGUAACGCCUUUAUAAGCGCGGUGAGCACCGGCAGCAGGAGUAGCAGACCUGCUGGUUUACACAGCCUCAGGACGUCUCUCCAUCUCAUCUCCCGUCUCUUCCACUGAACAUCCAGACGCGCUCCGACAUGAACGGCCACUGCAACGGAAAGGUCAACGACGCCGUGGAGGACUUCCAGCGCAACAACAGCUUCAGCGACCUCAUCAUAGACACCAAGAGGUCCGCCGUGCACCGCAAGCACGAGACGUCCCGCAAAGUGGCGGAGGACGAGUCCCGCUUGCCUACGCUGCAGGCCGCCUACACCAGCAUCCUGCGGGAGCUCGGGGAGGACACGGACCGGCAGGGGCUGCUGCGCACCCCGCUGCGUGCCGCCAAGGCCAUGCAGUUCCUCACCAAGGGCUACCAUGAGACCGUCGAUGACAUCCUAAAUGACGCCAUAUUUGAUGAAGACCACGAAGAGAUGGUGAUUGUGAAGGACAUAGACAUGUUUUCACUGUGUGAACAUCACCUGGUGCCCUUUUUUGGGAGGGUUCACAUCGGGUAUAUUCCCAACAAAAAAGUGGUGGGACUGAGCAAGCUGGCAAGGAUUGUGGAGAUCUUCAGUCGAAGGCUUCAAGUUCAAGAGCGUCUGACCAAGCAGAUUGCCAUGGGAAUAUCAGAAGCUCUGAAGCCAAAAGGUGUAGCUGUGGUUAUUGAAGCAGCGCACAUGUGUAUGGUCAUGCGUGGCGUCCAGAAGAUGAACAGCCGCACAGUGACGAGCACCAUGCUGGGCGUUUACCUAGAAGACCCCAAAACCCGGGAGGAGUUCCUGACCCUCACAAACCACGCUUAACAGGCGUCAUACACCAUUCACUCCCGAGCCUCUGUAUACAGUAGCACACAGAAAGCUCUAGACUAAAAGCAGAUCCGCAUCUGACUUUAGUUUACAAGAAAAUCAUCAUAAGAAAGCUGAUGUUUGAUGCAUGAUCCGAGCCAACUCUGGAGCUCACCUCAACACACUGAAGCCUGAAAGAUUUCAGUCCUGCUGCUGAAAUCCAUCAUAUGAAAUCACUGUGAACACAACAGGAAACAUAGGGUGCCUUUGAUAGAUAUUUUACAGUCUUACAUGGCAAAAUUGUUGUUAUUAAGUAUGAAACUUGGGUGCAAUGUUGUAAUGUGACAAUACCUUCCUUUACUUUUUUUUCUGAUGGGAAUAUCCUUGGUGCUUGGUGCAAAGUGGUACUCUUACACCUUACCUUGCUUUUAUUAUUGUAUUUCGUAUCCACUGAUUGUACGAAUUUAACAAAUGGUCAUUUAUAAAUACCUUUAUAAAGUCUU